AUGCUCUCGUGUUUUUUUUAUGACGUGACCGACGCCGCCAGUCCCUUCCGGGUUACCUCUAGAGGUGAGAAGAACUCUCGUAUCCUUCAUGGAACACGCAGGGACGUUGUGAGCGUGGAUCGCCUCAAAGCUGUACUCCCGGACUUUCCACCGUACGAGCUCUAUGGUCCCCAUUUUCCCUGUUCCCCGACGCUCUAUCCAUCUGUUCCGUCUUCCAUCAUCUCUACUGCCAUCGAUCCCCAACCCCCAACAUUCCUACCACAAGUUACUCUUUCCCUGCACUUGUCGCAUACAUUUCCCGCAGUGUAA